AUGGCGUCUCCUCGAAGCUUAGGGUUUGAGUCAGGGGAAGAUGGCAGUUAUAGGCCAAGGUUAAGAACUCCUCCUAGUGAAUCUUUUUCCUAUAAGGAGGAACAUUAUCAUAGGAAAAAGAGUAGAAUUUCGGCCCAUAGGAGCUUGGGAAAUGAUGCUAUGAGUAGGGUCUUGCACCAGAUCUCGAGAUCACUGUUCACACAGAGGAUUGAAAGGGCAAAGCUUCCUUAUCGGUUUGCGCAACCCACUUUUACCAUUUACAUUAGGAGGACAGACCCAGUGGAGCACGUUAGUCACUUUAAUCAGAGAAUGGUUGUUUAUUCGAGGAACGAGGCCUUGAUGUGUAAAGUGUUCCUUUUUAGCUUAGGGCCUAUUGCAAUGAGAUGGUUUGAUAGGUUGGAAGAAGGCUCCAUUAGCUCCUUCCAGGAGCUCACUAAGGCCUUCAGGGCUCAAUUCUAUACGUGUAGCAAGGUUCCUCGCCCCCUAGACUCCUUGCUAUCAAUGGCAAUGAGAGAGGGUGAAACUUUGAAAACUUACUCGAACAGAUAUUGGGAGAUGUUCAACGAGAUAGAUGGAGAUUUCAAGGAUAUGGCUAUAAGGACGUUUAAAGUCGGCAUUCCCUCUAAGCAUGAUUUGAGAAAAUCCUUAACGAAGAAGCCUGUGCAAAGCAUGCAUCAAUUAAUGGAUCGAAUUGACGAGUAUAAACGGCUCGAGGAAGAUCAACAGCAAAGGAAGGGGAAAGCGAAGGUGACCCCUCCUGAUUGA